GUGCCCGCAUUGCAGGAAUUCGCAGUGAAAGAAAACGAGCGAAAGGCCCGCGAGGAGUCAGACGAUCCGAUGGGCGAUCUGACACCCUCCCUGACGCGGCGGGCCCCCUUGGGCCUGGUGAAGUGGGAGGUAAGAGACGGCCGCCUCCACUUCAUCCGCUCUGAACAGAAAAGGCCGUACACUGGGAGUCGUUUGCACUUUGUGGGCUAA